UCAGUUUCUUCCUUUUCUGCCGCUCUGCAAAUUCCGAAGCCCCAAUUCUGUUUUCCCAACAAUGGCGCGAAAGUCUUCUCUCCUCAAGCGAACCCUAGCUUCUUCCUGCAUUAUUCUCGCCCUAUAUGCCAUCGUCAACACCUUCAUCAGCUCCACAGCCACUCUCAAGCUCGACCGUUCCUUCCCCUUCAGCUCUGCCAAUUCCGUCGUAGUCUCCGAUGAAUUUGGUUCGCAAGACACUGAUCUCCUCAAUACUUCAGGAAAAUUCGUUUCCCCUGUCAAGAUUUACCUCUACGAUGUGCCGACGAGGUUUACGUACGGUGUAAUUGAGCACCACGGCAUAGCGCGCGGAGGGAAAUCCGUCGCUGAAGUCACGGCGCUUAAGUAUCCAGGUCAUCAGCAUAUGGCGGAGUGGUUUCUGUUCACGGAUCUGCUUCGACCGGAGUCGGAGCGUAUUGGGUCUGCUGUGGUUAGGGUGUUCGAUCCUAAGGAAGCGGAUUUGUUCUAUGCACCGUUCUUCGCGUCCUUAAGCUUGAUUGUGAACCCUAUCCGACCUGCAACGUCGUCGGGUCAGCAGCAGCAGCUUGUGUACAGUGACGAGGAGUCGCAGGACGCCUUCAUGGAGUGGUUGGAGAAGCAGGAGUACUGGAAGCGGAACAAUGGAUGGGAUCACGUCAUUAUAGCGCAGGACCCGAAUGCAUUAUAUAGGGUCAUUGACAGGGUUAAGAACAGUAUCUUGCUCGUUUCGGAUUUCGGGCGGUUGAGGGCCGACCAAGCAUCGCUAGUUAAGGACGUAAUUGUCCCAUACUCCCAUAGGAUCAAUACUUAUAAUGGUGAUAUCGGAGUUGAAAAUCGCAAGACUUUAUUGUUCUUUAUGGGCAAUCGAUACCGUAAAGAGGGAGGAAAGAUACGUGAUAUGCUUUUCAAUAUACUUGAGGAAGAAAAGGAUGUCACAAUUAAGCAUGGAACACAAUCACGAGAGAGUCGGCGUGCUGCUACACAUGGGAUGCAUACAUCCAAGUUCUGCUUGAAUCCAGCUGGCGACACUCCCUCUGCGUGUCGACUUUUUGAUUCUGUAGUAAGUUUAUGUGUGCCAGUGAUCGUUAGUGAUAGUAUCGAGUUGCCUUUUGAAGAUGUUAUAGAUUAUUCCAAGAUUGCAGUGUUCUUUGAUUCGGUUUCUGCUGUGAGACCUGGAUUUUUAGUUUCAGAGCUGAGGAGAAUAUCGAAAGAGAGGAUUCUGGAGUAUCAGAGAGAAAUGAAAGAGGUAAAGAGGUAUUUUGAGUAUUCAGACUCGAAUGGCACAGUGAACGAAAUAUGGCGUCAAGUCUCACAGAAGUUACCUUUGAUUAAGCUAAUGAUUAAUCGUGAAAAGAGGAUUAUUCAUAGAGAUGGUGAUGCACCAGACUGCUCUUGUCUCUGUUCAAACCAAACUGGCAUCAGCGCCAGACUAUAAUUCUUUAUGUAUGAACCUCCGGGAGAAUCCAGGAUGUUCUAUAAGCGGCAUGCCAGCUGCAAGAGACUUCGAGUUGAAGGAAUUUGAGGAUGGAUUUAUGCCUUACUAGUUCCAACUUUUGAGUGCCCGUAUUCCUCAGCUAAGCUGGCUUUACUUCUAACUGGGCAGGUAUUUGUUGCCAUAUUUAUACGCCUUUUCAAUUAUUACUUCUCUAUUAUGUACUGUUGAGUUGGUUAUGUAGAACUGACAUACACAUGCAAAAUCUGGUAAUAUUUGUAGUUAUUUUUUUCAUUUCUUGUGUAUUGUACAGAAUAAGGGUCUUUAAUCCUUCCAUAUUCGAUUGACGUCGUUUCUUCGUGUUUCCCUUGUUGUAGGCUUUAGAUAGACACAUAGUAAAUCUGAUUGUGUUAUUGUAGA